GUCGAGAAAUAAAGACGUCAAUUAAAAAUAAUAAUAUAUUUUAACCACAGGAUUAAUUUGACUAAAAUAUAUUUACCUGCCGAUUAUCAUUAGCUUAUUUUAGCUAAGGUAUAUCCAGCCUAUUAGGAAAUUAAAAUGCCCGUCAAUUUGCAAAGUGUUCGCCAGUACUUAAGCGAGUUGAGAAAUUCGGGUGGUUUGCACAAAGAUCAAGCUGAAAAGUAUCGCAAUGUUCUUAUGGAAAUACUAAAAAGUACAGAACAAGAAUUAUCAGAGUCAUUGAAAGCAUUCAUAGAAGCUAUUGUUAAUGAAAAUGUGAGCCUAGUGAUUUCAAGGCAACUCUUGACAGAUGUGAGCACACACUUAGCACUGCUGGCUGAUAAUGUUUCACAGGAGGUUUCACACUUUGCACUUGAUGUUAUACAACCCAGAGUUAUUUCAUUUGAAGAACAGGUGGCCAGUAUCAGACAGCACUUAGCAGAUAUCUACGAGCGAAAUCAAAACUGGAAGGAAGCUGCUAAUGUUUUAGUUGGAAUACCAUUGGAAACUGGGCAGAAACAAUAUUCAGUUGAUUACAAACUGGAAACCUACCUAAAGAUAGCCAGACUGUACCUUGAAGUGGACGAUCCGGUGCAAGCUGAGGCAUUCGUCAACAGAGCCUCAUUGCUACAGGCCGAAACAACCAACGAGCAACUGCAGAUAUAUUACAAAGUUUGCUAUGCAAGAGUUUUAGAUUAUAGAAGGAAAUUCAUCGAAGCGGCUCAAAGGUACAAUGAAUUGUCAUAUCGUAACAUUAUCCACGAAGACGAGCGGAUGACGUGCCUCAGGAAUGCCCUUAUAUGCACCGUGUUGGCAUCUGCUGGACAACAGAGAUCCAGAAUGCUAGCAACAUUGUUCAAAGACGAGCGAUGCCAACAGCUGCCGGCAUAUUCUAUUCUAGAGAAAAUGUAUUUAGAUCGUAUAAUUCGACGGUCAGAAUUGCAGGAGUUCGAAUCCCUCAUGCAGACACAUCAAAAGGCGACCACACCCGACGGGUCUACGAUCCUCGACCGAGCGGUUUUCGAACACAAUCUGCUGUCAGCGAGCAAGCUCUACAACAAUAUAACAUUCGAAGAAUUAGGUGCGCUACUAGAAACGCCGCCGGCGAAAGCGGAACGAAUAGCGAGCCACAUGAUCAGCGAGGGUCGCAUGAACGGGUACAUCGACCAGAUCAGCUCCAUUGUACAUUUUGAAACUCGAGAAAUAUUGCCUCAAUGGGACAAACAAAUACAAAGCUUAUGUUAUCAAGUAAAUAGUCUGAUUGAGAAGAUAGCUUCCGCAGAACCAGAGUGGAUGGCCAAAGUCGUGGAGGAAGAAAUGAUUCAAUAAUUGUAUUUUAUACUUUCAAACAGCAUAGAUUAAAUAAUUAUCUUAAA